GUAUACUCACUACUCUGUAGUGGACAUCUUGAGCUCGGUGUUCAAGAAACCUUUUGGUGAGUUCAAGAUAGCCACAAUGCUGGGUCAUACAUUACAUCAAGUGGACCCAGGCAUCCAGGACUGGGUGCAGAGAUUCGAGGCCAGAUUUAAUGAGCUGUGCCAAGAUUUCUGGAUUCGAGUAGCCUGCAACUCCCAUGCUACCACUUUACCUGACGGGACCCACCAACGAGUGGAGAGGCCUACCACUGCAGCUUCGGUCCCACAAGAUCAACAGCAAGGCAACACCAAGCUGAGACCCACUGGGCAAGACCCUGAUGUAAUGCUGACAGUGGGGAAGCGGAGGUCCGGUGCUGCUGUGUUCCAUCACCUACCUUGGCCACGAUCCAUCAUGGGACACUCCCUGACCCACCGCUCACACCUCACAGAAGGCUCCUACUCACCAUAA